UCCCGCUCCGUGGCCCCGCCCCUGUGCGCACGGUUUACGCCAUUACGUCACUAUGCUGAUCGCUGCUGUGCUGCAAGGCAGGCAGGCAAAGCAGCUGCAGAGAGAGAGAGAGAGAAAGCUGACUUCAACGGACAGGCUCAUGUUGGGAGAGUCAGAAACGCAACAUUCGCCUAUUCUCUGAUUUUAUGUCCAAAUAUUUUCACUUGUAACCUUUUCGCCGAGUACAUUUCUUCACAUCUACGCCUGCGUGGGAAUAUAUUUUUCAUCCUCUCGACCUGAAAUGACUGCUUUAAAUCGCCGCGUCUAGCCAAUGGUUACUGCAGGGGCUCCCGUCUUGUGGAUUAUCCGUCGUCGCCGAGCCAGUUGCAUGGUCGAGCCCGGAGGAGGCCCCGCUCUGCUGGAUGGAUGUGUGUGAAGCCGCGCCGGACUCCGAGUACUGAUGAAGACUGUGAUAAUGAUGAUGCUUGGGAUUCAUCGGCAGCGGGUGAACUGAUCUUGGAUGUUCGGGCUAUAUCGCCCCCACACAAACCAUUUCCUCAUACAGCAAAAAAAUAUAUUCCUUAAAAACUGGACGCCCCUGGAGCAGUUUAUGACGACCCUGGUAGGAGCGUGAUGAGCGCGCGCUUCCGCUUGCCUGCUGGCAGAUCCUACAAUGUCCGGGCGACGGAGCUGGAGCGAGACAGGCAGCACACACAGGUUGUGUGCAAUGUACUGCUGCUGGACAACACUGUCCAGGCAUUCAAAGUCAGCAAGUCGGAUCAUGGCCAGGUGUUGCUGGAUGCUGUCUUUAAGCACCUGGAGCUGACGGAGAGAGACUACUUUGGCCUGCACUUGGCUGAUGACUCCUUAGAUACACCACGCUGGCUCGAUCCCAACAAGCCCAUCAGGAAACAGUUAAAAAGAGGGUCUCCCCAUAACUUGAGCUUCAGAGUCAAAUUCUUUGUCACAGACCCCAAUAAACUUCAGGAAGAAUACACACGGUACCAAUAUUUUCUUCAGAUCAAGCAGGAUAUAUUUACUGGAAGAUUGCCGUGUCCACACAACACAGCCGCACUGCUGGCGUCCUAUGCUGUUCAAUCUGAGCUGGGGGACUACAGUGAAAUGGAGCAUACAGCAGGAUAUCUGUCAGAAUACUGCUUCAUCUCCAACCCCCCACAAGACUUCCACAAAGAGGUCUCCAAACAUCACCAGCAGCACAGUGGUCUAUCUCCUGCCCAGUCAGAGUUUAAUUAUCUGAACACAGCACGCACGCUGGAGCUCUACGGGGUAGAGCUGCACUAUGCAAGGGACCAGAGCAACACAGAGAUUCUUAUUGGGGUAAUGUCUGCCGGCAUUGUGGUUUACAAGAACAGGGUACGGAUCAACUAUUUCCCAUGGUUGAAAAUAGUGAAAAUCUCCUUCAAGUGCAAACAGUUCUUUGUCCAGAUGAGAAGAGAGGCGACUGAGUCUCGGGAAACACUGCUGGGUUUCAACAUGGUGAACUACCGGGCCUGUAAAAACCUGUGGAAGGCCUGCGUGGAGCACCACACCUUCUUCAGGCUGGAGCGGCCCAUCCCACCACAGAAAAACUUCUUUGCCCACUACUUCACCCUGGGCUCAAAGUUCAGAUACUGCGGGCGAACAGAGGUGCAGUCUGUGCAGUACGGAAAGGAGAAAGGCAUCAAGGACCGAGUGUUUGCCAGAUCUCCCAGCAAGCCGUUGGCCAGGAAGUUGCUGGGUGGCACUGACUGGGAGUCGGUCAGCAGGAACAGCCUAUCAGACGAGAGGCUGGAGACUCAGAGCCUGCCCACUCGAUCACCGCCUGGAACGCCCAAUCAGAACUCGCUGUUUGUACAAGAGGGCACGCGACUGCGCCCGUCAUCCGUCGGCCACCUGGUCGAUCACGUGAUCCACGCUUCACCCAGCCUGCCUGUCUUCUCCUCCAAUCACAAGUCGGCGUCGUCCACGCAGGCGAACAGCAUCAGCUUGGACUCCACACCGUCUCCAGAGGGGGUAGACAACCAGCCUCCAGCUCUACCCCCCAAGCAGCUGAGCAGGAAGACCUUGAGCCAGAUCAUCCAGGCCCAUUCCCAGCAGAGCCUCCUGGACAACCACCUCAACGAGAUGUACGAUGUUCCCGUCAAUGCUGAUAAGACCACGCUAAAUGGAGUUGUCCCUCAUGAUAAUCUCGUCCUGAUCAAGAUGAGACCCGACGAACACGGACGAUUCGGCUUCAAUGUCAAAGGUGGAGCUGACCAAAAGAUGCCCAUCAUUGUGUCUCGAGUGGCUCCAGGAACAUCAGCCGACCUGUGUGUGCCUCGCCUUAACGAGGGCGACCAGGUGGUCUUAAUUAAUGGACGGGACAUCUCUGACCACACCCAUGACCAGGUGGUCAUGUUCAUCAAGGCCAGCUGUGAGAGCCACUCCGGGGAGCUCAUCCUAUUGGUCAGACCGAACGCCAUCUAUGACGUGGUGGAGGAGAAAGCUGACUCGGAGCCAGAUUUUCAGUACAUCCCUGAGAAGUCCCCUCAGGACCCUGCCCAGCUAGACCAGCACGCUUUGAGGGACUCCAUGGUCACACUGAAGGAAGGCCUGAGCAGCGGAGCCAUAUUGGCACAGUUUGAUCAACUGUACAGGAAGAGGCCGGGGAUGACCAUGCUGUGUGCCAAAUUACCUCAGAACGUUUCCAAAAAUCGCUACAGAGACAUCUCUCCUUAUGAUGCCACACGGGUCAUUCUGAAAAGCACAGAUGACUACAUCAAUGCAAAUUACAUCAAUAUGGAGAUUCCUGCCUCCAGUCUGAUAAACCGCUACAUAGCAUGCCAGGGCCCGCUGCCCAACACCUGCCCCGAUUUCUGGCAAAUGACAUGGGAGCAGGGUUCAUCUAUGGUGGUCAUGCUGACUACGCAGGUUGAGAGGGGACGGGUGAAGUGUCACCAGUACUGGCCCAGUCCAGACAGCAGCGCCACCUACGGAGACUUCACAGUAACGUGCCACAACGAAGAGGGCAACUCUGCCUUCUUGGUCCGGGAGAUGACUCUAGUGCACACGCAGAGUGAGCAGCAGAGAGAACUUACCCAGAUUCAGUACCUGGCUUGGCCAGACCACGGCGUCCCUGAUGACUCCACUGAUUUCCUGGACUUUGUUGCUCUGGUACGGACCAAACGGGCCGGACAGGACCAUCCGAUGGUGGUACACUGCAGUGCUGGGAUUGGUCGGACAGGGGUUCUCAUCACCAUGGAGACGGCAUUGUGUCUAAUGGAGUGCGGCCAGCCAGUGUAUCCUCUAGAUAUCGUCAGGACCAUGAGAGACCAGAGGGCCAUGAUGAUCCAAACACCUAGCCAGUACCGCUUCGUAUGUGAGGCCAUCCUGAAAGUCUACGAGGAGGGCCUGGUCAAACCACUCAAGACCGCCAUCUACCAGCAGAGAGAAAAGGUGGACGAGGAGCGGGAACACGAGGAGAAGAAAGAGCAGCAGAAAGCAGGCGAAGGAGAAGAAAUGGCAGCGAUGGAGGAAGGGGAGGCGGCCGUCGUGGAGUUGCUGGAAGAAGGUCUGGACGAAGAAGACGACGACGAAGAGGUGGAAGUGCUGGAUGUGGGAGAAGUGACAGAAGAGGGGGAGGAGGAGGAGGAGGAGGAUGAAGAAGAGGAGGAGGAAGAAGAAGAGGAGGAGGAAGUGGAGGAGCCGAGCGUUGCAAGUGCCACCAGCAUGACAAGUGAGACCAGCGUGAACCCUGACCCUGAUCCUGCAAACCCGUGACAUUUGACGGGUCAUUGGGGGUCACCAGGAGGAGGCCCGGUGGCCGGAGAAGAGAACAAAAGCACUGUUGCACUUUAUGCUGACAAAAAAAAAACAAAAACAAAAAAAACGGAUAAAAAAGACAAACGAACAAACGUGAAAAACAAGGACAAAGCUAGAAUUUAAAAAAUGAAAUCCAGCUGUGUUGAAUAGGUACCAUUAGGGGAUAUUGUAUGUUCAGGGUAAAGAAAAAUAGUAUUCAAAGGAUGAAAAGAUAAAAGUACAAGAGAAUACAUUGUGGAUGGGGAAUUGCUGUAGUGCCAUAAGUAUGAAGGGCGAGGGCUGCCCUCCCCCCUUGAUGGAAAGCUUUUUCCCCCCGUUUAAUUUCCCCCAAAAGGGUCGCCCUGUCCCCUUCUGAGCGAGUCUGCCAGACGGACCUGCCUUUUUUUUAGUGUCCUUUUAGCUGAUAAAGAGAUAUACCUUAUCUUUUGUUCCUCAGAAAGAGUAUUUAUUGUGUUUUUAGUUUGUGUCAAACCCUGUCCACUGAACAAAAAAACGUGUAUGUUUGUUUGUAUGAAUCUAGAGCUUCAUGCUUUCCUGAUUAAAUCUUAGGUAGUUAAGUAGUGCGAUUCCUCUUCUUCUAACUACUUCUUAAUUUCUUUUUUUUUUUGUUGCUUUUUUGUGGAGAGAAAAAAAAACAGUGAUUUAAUUUAUUGUACUUGGGGUUUUUUUUAUCCUUCUCGGCUUUCAUGUCGACGUUUCUGACAGCGCAGACUGACAGACGGAGAGCUGGAAGCACUUUGUGUCUCACCUCUUGUUCAAUGCUGUGGCGAGUUGUAUUCUUUAUCCUGCUUUGUGCUGUGUUUUUGAGCUUACGGACACACACGCGCACGCACUCUGAAGCGGCCAUCGUUUGGUACGGUGAAGAACAUAACUGGUUUACAAUCCUCAGGGCCUGUGUUUACUGGGCACCUCCUUUUCACUUCUGUACUCGUCACGGCGGCUACUGUUGCUCUAUGACUACAGAGCCCUCCCUUUGAGACGUAAUGAGCGGUGAUAGAUUAUUCAAAACAAAAAUUCUCCUCACAUCGCAUAAUUAAUUCAACACAUGAAAAUUAAGAGAGGCCCCAGUAGACACACGGCCUCAUUGAGUUAUAAUCUAAGCUAUUUCCCAGCCACUGUGGAUAAAAAAACAAACAAACAAGGCUGAGGUCAGUUCAUUUCUUACACAACUUCAUAGUUAAAUCAAACCUACAGGUCACUUGCAACUGACAAAUGGGCAGCAGCUGCUGAAGUGUCCUUGAGCCAGACACUGACGAUCCCCCCGCUGUAUGGGAAGCUCUGUGGCUGUAGCAGGACAACACACAUGUACCUUUCUUGCUUUUCACAGGUCAGUAUGUUAGACCCUGAGAAACAAACAGUGGUCGUACAGUAGGUAGGUUAUGAGUUCCCAAGUGGUUAAAAGCUGCUAGAACUUUUAUGCAAUCAGUAUUUGUCACACACACGCACACACACACACACACACACACACAGAAAGCUGACAGCGAACUGAUCUCAACCUUUGGUGUGAAUAAGGAAAAACUUCCUUAAGGCUCCCUCCGCUGACCUCCUCACAUUUGAAUAGCGAACCCACAUCUCUUCUUAAACAUUUGCAGUUUAGUUUUAGUGUUAUUAUUAUCAUUAUUAUGCUUUGUGUGAGCAAUCGCAUGACCCAAACUCACUAGUUAUUUCUUAUUAAUUAUUUUUUUAAACUAAGGUUCAGAGGGGUUCAGAGGUCACUGGAGCGGGGCUUUAAAUCAACCGUUGCUGUUUAGUUUUUCUUGUUUUUUUUUUUUCUAAAUCUGUCUGUCUGCACUUGACAGUUCAAAGAAGCAGCACAAACAGAACCGAUACUUUAACCUUUUUUUUUUUUUUUUAUUGAUCUUUCCCGAUGGAACUUCCUUUUAAGGCACAUGUUGUUUCUAAGCCAAGAUGAUGUGUUAACGAGUGAUAAGAGACUUCAGUGAUGAUUUUAAGUAUUUUGAAUUCACAAAACCCAGCAUAAAUUUGCUCGUUGAGUCUUUUUUUUUCUUUCUUUUUUUGUCUCAGUACAGGUCAAGCUGCCAUUGUUUCUUUACAUAACGGUAUGAAGUGUAGCCUCGUGAUAAUUUGAGAUAUUUUUGUUUACGGGCUGCUUCAGUACUUGCUGUCAUUGGCUCCUUCCAUGGAUUCUGCUGGAAAAAAAACCUACUGCUGUGAGUGUGUGAAAGUAUGUGUGUGUGUGUGUGUGUGUGUGUGUACUUUUUUUUUCCUCUUUACCUCUCCCUUCUCCAUUUCUAACAUAUAGUGUGUUAGCUGUCUGGUCUAAGCCUGCUUGUCCGUUAACUGGAAUGAAAUGGUUGCGUCAUAAAGCCGCAAACCUAAUCUAAUCUGAUAUCAAGUUUUUCUGAAGAAAUGCAGAUAGAGCCUUCUUGGAGAGUAAACUUUGUUUUUGUUUUUUUUUUAACUCAUCCUCAUACCUCCCUUUUCAAACUGCUAAAUCAUACUUUUGCCACACGGAGAGGUGGGAUCAAGAAGAGCUUAUAAACAGCUUUCUUCCUUCAUUAUAUUUUACUUAAUUUUUAUUUUUUUAUCUCUCCUGAAUUGCGGCCCUCUCCCC